AUGUCAGCACUUGGUAUUCCCAGACAUAUUGCCACACUUGAUCCACGCAAUGUAGAACACGUUUUAAAAAACAAUUUUGAAAAUUAUAUCAAAGGCCCUGAGUUUCAUGGUGCAAUGAACGAUUUGUUUGGAAAUGGUAUUUUUAAUGCAAAUGGUGAACACUGGAAGUAUCAGCGAAAGACAGCAAGUCACAUAUUCAAUGUCAAGAACUUUAGGGAUCAUUUUACAGAUGUCUUUAUAAAAGAAAUUGAUUACAUGUCAAAACACAUUUGGGAUAAAGCAGCUGAUUCAGGCACAGUAGUUGAUUUUCAUGAUGUGAUGUUUAAGUUUACAUUGGAUUCAUUUAUUCUCAUCGGAUUUGGUGUACAAUUGAACGCGCUUGGAUCAGCAGAAAGGGUCCCCUUUGCAGUCGCAUUUGACGAAGCACAAAAGUCAACUUUCCAACGAUUUGUGAAUCCCAUCUGGCCAAUCACGGAACGAAUUAUGCGAGUAACAAUGCCAUGGAAAAAGACAAUGAAGGACCAUUUGGCUGUCGUCGAUUCAUUUGCUCGUAAUGUGAUUGAGCAGCGUCGAGAACAGAUGGCACGUGGCGAGGUCUACAAGGACCUUCUGUCUCGUUUCAUGGCGGCCAAGAACGCAGAAGGAGAAGCUUUGAACACGGACGAACUGAGAGAUAUUGUAUUGAAUUUUGUGAUCGCCGGACGUGACACGACCGCACAGGCUCUUUCAUGGACCUUUUAUAUGCUUCUGACGCAUCCACGGGUGGAAGCCAAGCUGAUGGAAGAGAUUGAAUGUGUGUCCGAAACAGAUGACGCAUCGACACUGUACGAGACGAUCAAGGGCAUGACCUAUGCUCAUGCUGUCUUUUACGAAGUCUUACGACUUUACCCUUCUGUGCCUCUGAACCAAAAGUAUGCGCUCGAUGACGACGUCUGGCCUGAUGGCACACAAAUACGUAAAGGUGACUAUAUUCUCUGGUGCCCCUAUGCUCAAGGUCGAUGCGAGAAGGUGUGGGGAGUGGAUGCCAAGGAGUUCAAGCCGGAGAGGUGGAUUGAAGAGGGUGAGCUCAAGCGACAGAAUCAAGGUCAAUGGCCAGCGUUCCAUGCAGGUCCGCGUGUCUGUCUAGGUCAGAAUCUGGCGACACUCGAAGCACUGGUGGCUAUUGUGUUCUUGCUCAAGAGGUACAAGUUCACUCUUGUGCCUAAUCAGGAGGUCACUUAUCAGGUCUCCUUGACUUUACCUAUGCUUCAAGGAAUGAAGGUGAUGGUUCAAAAACGUGGUGAAUCAAGCUAA